CAGUAGUUAGCUUAAGUACUUAAAGCUUCUUCUCCUUUCAUGGUCCUUAGUUCUAACACUCUUCUACCCCUCACUAUAAAUCUGUGAUCUUCCUGUGUUCCUUUUAUUUUACUUUUAUAUCUGCCCCACUUUACUCUCUGUGUUAUCUAUCGUUUCUACUGCCCCCUCUUAACUUUCCUUUUCUCUUUCACUCACGACCCACUAGAUCACCAUGACAGUGAAACAAGAACACGAGCUUCGCAGUCAGAACGAGCCUCCUAGGAGUGCUCCCACAGCCCAACAGCUGUUUUAUCGCGUUAAGGAAGAGAUUCUAGCUACGGCCGGUUCUGGAUAUCUCGAAUAUCACAUUUCUAAUCCUGGUAUCGGCUGGCAAGUAGCCAGAAGUCUUGAUUGCGACGGACAAGUUGAACGACGUUCAGUGCGACUCUCCUACGACUCAGUUGCGUAUAUCCUUUCCGUCAGGAUGCCUACUGAAUUCCAUAAUGCUCAUCUAGCUUGGGCUCAUCGCGAGUUCGCACUAAGUGUCUCUGGUGGCUUCUUUACCUUACAGGAGUAUGAUACAUUUAUUUGCACUUCUGAUACUAGCUUCGAUAGUUUCUUGCCACCUUAUCAGAACUCGUUUAAACAGCCAGAUGGCUACUUUAAACCAGCGGGCGCGCCUUGUCCGACUGUCGUUUUCGAAACGGGGUACUCUGAGUCCUAUCCACAGCUGGUCGCAGAUCGAAAUCUCUGGAUAAACGGCACCACCGGGGUUAACGUUGUUAUCCUAUUGAAAUGGUCCCUAGUUAGGAAUAGGACCGCCGUUAAAGGGUAUAUUGAAGGUUGGCAUAGGAAUAUGCCAACCUGCCAGAGAUUUGAUAUUUUCCCAGCCCCUCCGCCAGGAACCCCGGCACAGACAAUUACCCUUUAUAGAAGGGACUUCUAUCUUCCGGGUGCGGUGCCUUUCGGGAGAAAUCCUAAUGAUGUGUGGCGAUGGCCUAUAGAUUCCCUCCGCCUCAAGGCGGCUCAGACAAUCAGGGACUCCGGAUACGUUCCUGCAUAGACGUUCCCAUGUUGGCCUCUGGGAAUGUUAGCUGGGAAAUGGAUCCAAGAUUCGAGGCGUCUUAUAUCACGUUCUUCUGAACUGCUGCGAAACUCAUAAUCCCCACGACUUCAUUGAAGAAAUGAACUACAAUUACCGUUGAAGAAACGGGUCAUAGUCCCCCUGAAUAAUGGGCCAGAGCCCAUUGAAGAAAUGGUCAUAAUUCCAUUGAAAAGUGGAUCUCAAUUGCCGCUGAACAAGUGCUAUUGUGCACUGAACAAGUGCUACCUGGUACUGAAGAAGUGCCCCCCCCUCCAGCGAUAAGCUCGCACCUCAACGUGGUGCUGGAGUCUAGUAGCCAUGCCGGCGAAGCUAAGACGAGCUUACUUAAUUUAUCUCUAGCCUCAAAAGUUGAAGGUUCAGCUAAAGUAUUAGCACUAGAAGAAGAAGAAGAAGAAGAAGAAAAACUAACUAAUAUAACAG